AAAAGAAAUAGAGUUGACCGUUGACCCAAAAUAUGUAAAGCACGAUAUAACGGUCGAAAUGUCAAAGGAGAGAAAAUAUUGUUCUGGCUCUGUUUUUCUGGAGCGCCAAUCAUCUUCUCAUUACCACCAUUUCUCAAUUUUCUCGCUUUUUCUCUCUAAUUUUACCCACGCUUCUCUUUCUCUCUCCUCAUUGCGUUGAAAUUCCCCUAAUUUUUCAUUUUACCCUAAUUUCGUUCUUCCUAAUUCUUGUACCAUUUUAUCACCUACAUUUUAUACCCACUUCGAAUUUCGUCAAUUCUCAGGGUGUAAAUCUAAAUUUCAAAAAAAAAAAAAAAAAAAAAAACACUUAGAUAGGAUAGGACAUUUCAACAAUGUUUGGGUUUAGGAAAAAAGGUUCAGCAUCAACUGCAGCUAGUCCUGCACAUCCAAAUGCUGAAUCAGGUCUCCGGUCGAGGCGAACAUCGUCUGAGCCUAUAUUGGUAUCUCAAGACCUUAAUGAUAGCCUAGAGAACAAGUCAAUGCAGGAGCUUGAGGGUUAUGCAGUUAAUAAGGCUGAAGAGACAACUAAGUCUGUCAACAAUUGUCUUAAGAUUGCUGAGGAUAUUAGGGAAGAUGCUACUAAAACACUCGAAACCUUGCAUCAACAAGGUGAGCAGAUUCAUAGGACUCAUGAGAUGGCUGUUGGUAUUGACCAGGAUUUGAGUAAGGGAGAAAAGCUGCUUAACAGUCUUGGGGGAAUGUUCUCCAAGACAUGGAAGCCAAAGAAAACUCGUAGCAUAACAGGGCCGAUAAUGUCACCAGAUGCACCAUCCAAAAGUGCAACAAAAGAGCAGAAAGAAAAGUUAAAGGGUGCUCCUCUACCAAAAGGAAAGCCAAGUAGUAAGACACCCCCUUCUGGACAAUCAGCAACCAUGCAGAAAGUUGAGUUGGAGAAGGAAAAGCAAGAUGAUGCUCUUUCAGAUUUAAGUAAUAUUCUGGGUGAUCUAAAGGGUAUGGCAUCAGACAUGGGUUCUGAACUCGACAAGCAAAACAAAGCACUUGAUCAUCUUGACACUGACAUGGAUGAGUUGAACUCCAGGGUGAAAGGGGCUAACCAGCGUACUCGCCAUCUGCUUAACAAGUGAUUUAGAAUCAGUACCUCAGUUUCCUGUCCUUCUGUAACUGGUCUUUAUAAUAUUCAUUCUGUAAUUUUUCCACUUUUGUUAGAGGUUGAAAUUCUGUUCAUUCUUUCCAUUCUUUUACUUGUAGUAGUUGGAUUCAAAUUCAUUCUUUACUUCCAUCUGUAUGUAUACAUGACACAACUACACAAGCAGUAAAUAAAAAGGCUAUUUUUUAUGAAGCUGUAUAUAA